AGGCGCAUGUGCGAAUAUAUAUAAGCGCACCGGCCGCAACAAUGUCAAAAAACGUCCGUCAGUCAGUCGUGUGUGGUCUCCUGUCAAGUUAAAAGAAAGUUGUCAGUCAGUCAGCUAGUCGUGAGUCGUCGUGUAUUUAGUGUCCAGAUUAAAAAAAAAAGUGUGAAGAGAAACAAUAAAAAAAAAUUAUGAAAGGAAGGAAAAUAGAAAGAGAAAAGGAAAGGAGGAAAGAAGAGAAAGGAAAGAAAAAAGAGAGUGGAAAGAUAUUAAAAAAGAGGAAUAAACAAUGUAGCUGUCAAUGUUGUGGCCGGUGCGCGGAUCGUCGAAUUGUAAUUAGUUUACCCCUGGAGGCCUUCUUCGAGUGGCAGUCGAAGGUUCAGACGAAUCCUACACUGCCACAACAUAUGAUAAAUAGAGUCUCAUCUUCCUCAUCAUCGUCAUCAUCGUCAACUUCCUCUUCUUCUACAUCAUCGCAUCUUCACCAGAGGAAAAAAAAAGAUGAGGUCCCACAUACACUUCCUCCUGAGGCCUCCUCAGAGAUGCCACCAUUAGCACCCCCUCGCUCUUCUUCAAUUGUUAUGCCACCACCAUCACUGCUUCCUCGUACUACGGCACUACCACCACGUACUACGGCACUACCACCACGUACUUCCGCACUGCCACCACGAACUGCCGCACUGCCUUCUCGUACAUCGUCAGGAAAACCGCCAAUUCGUCGCUUAUUUUCCGGACAGCCACCGGUUUCAAAACCAUCAUCACAAUCAUCAUUGUAUUCAUCAUCAUCAUCAGCAUCAUCAUUACCAUCAUCGUCGAAUAUUAAAAAAACUUCACCUGUAUCUCUAAAUCGGAAGAUGGGACAAACAGUGGAAUCACUCCCAUCUUCCGAUUUAGUAAAUGUACCACCUGAUGAAUUACAAUCUAUUUUAAAAGAUUUAUUAGAAUAUAAUAAUAAUGAUGAUGAUGAAUGCAAGGAAAAUUGUUCAAAACGAAAACAGUUGCCCAAAGAUCAAGACGGUCCACCAAAAUAG